AUGACGCAGAGCUGGUUUAGACCGCAUCCACUUGGCAUUUAUCCAAGAGGAAAUGCGAGGAAGGCGGAGUUACUGUCCGCGCCAAGGUUUGGCACCCUUUCUGUUCUUCAGUUUGCUGCCAAGGGCUGGAUGAGGAAAUCUGCAAUUGUAAAAGAAUCCACUGAAGAGGCAUUUGUGGAGCUACUUCUCCACCUGUUGUCCUUUUUUUCAGUAGAUGACCUUUGCCGUUUGUCGGCUACUUGCACGGGUUGGUACUGCUUUAUUCAUGCCUCUGAAUCUUUUAGGCAGAAUUGCAGUCUUGUCUCAUCCAAAUGCCUGCGUUUUCGCGGGAGCUGGAAGGAGACGGCGAUUCGAAUUUUUCUCCUUGAGGCGACCGAUAUGGCAUCUUUUUCUGUUACGAAGCGUCAUCGUACGGAGUGUGACACCUCUGCGGCUGAUGGGUUCCAGUUUAAACAUCGUCCUGUGGCUGUCAGUCGCGCCUUUUUUAAUGAUUAUUUGUUUCAGGUAUGGAUGUGCACAAUUCUUCCAUGUCAUUAUCAUCUUUUGCCAGGUGUGAAGGACGACGCUGGUGCUUCUGCGAAUCAUGGUGCGGCGUGGACAUGUGAAGGGAAUUUGCCGCAACAACGGAGUAGUUUUCGUUCCUUGUUGAAGGAUGUGCCACGCCGUAGCGGUCUUUCUCCGAGGGAAUUUCGAGAGCAGUUUGAAGAGCCGAGCCUGCCGGUGAUUCUAACGGAUGUGGCCACGGAUUGGCCAUUCUUUAAAAUCCUGCAAGGUAGGUUUGAGAAUUUGGCGGAAAAGAAGGAAGAAUUGUUUCGUCCUGGUGUUUCUCCCGAUGUUUCUAUGCGCUGCGAGCAUACAACGAUGACUGUCUCGGAUUACGUGCGUUACGCAAAGGAACAGACAGACGAACGUCCCAUUUAUAUGUUUGACGCGGAGUUUGGAAAUUCUAUGGCUAUUGAGUCGCUUUACUCCGUACCUGAACAUUUUGUCUGCGAUGAUUUCUUCAAGGUGCUGGGUGACGCGCGUCCGAAGCACCGCUGGAUCAUCGCAGGCCCACGUCGUAGUGGCAGUAACUUUCAUGUUGAUCCAAACUACACGAAUGCGUGGAACGCCAACCUUGCUGGGCGAAAGCGAUGGAUUUUAUUUCCACCCGGCUGCACACCGGCAGGUGUCUUCCCUGCGGAGGACAUGUCUGAAGUUACAACCCCUGUUUCACUUUCAGAGUGGUUGCUAAACUACUAUGAUGCAUCCGUAGAGCGAUGGCGAGGUGUUGGGUAUGAGUGCAUAUGCGAACCCGGUGAUAUCAUGUUCAUUCCUUGUGGUUGGUGGCACUUUGUUAUCAAUUUGGAGGACUCCGUUGCAAUCACGCAGAACUAUGUCUCGGAAAGUAACCUCUUGCGUGUCAUGAAAUUUCUCUUUGCCAUGAAAUCGUCAAUAAGUGGCAUUGAUGAGGAUGCAGAAGAUGUCACGAGUGAAAUGUUGGAGGAUCGACGUGCUCACUUUGCACAAGAGUUUGCCACCGCGAUGCGUGCAUCAUUCCCCGACUUGAUGCAGCGAGUAGAGGUCGAAAUUAAAAAGGAGACGGAACAGCGUCGGCAAAAGAAGCAGGAGUGUGUCGCAUUGCCGCUUCUGGACGCCGGAAGUGAGGGAUUUGCCUUUAAUUUUUAA